AUGGAAUAUGACGCACAGGCUCGACGAUCGUCUUGUACAGAGACGACGUCCCAGAAGCAGCGGCGCAUGAACCACUUGACAGAUCGUAUAAAGAACAUGAACUUUGACGAGCCAGCAAAAAUCUUCAGAAACAAGCAUAGCAUCCAUAAUUUUGAAACUGUUACUCCAGAUGCAUCAGUCCCCGGUACACCAGUUCAACAUCAACGAGAUCAGACUGUUUCUACGAACAACAAGAGGAAUAGUAGUGGCAGCAACAAUAAUAACGACCAAUUUUUGACCACGACGUUUGUUGCACCCGAUACACCGCGAUCAUCCUUGUCAAUUAAGAGUAAUGCAAGCAGCAACGAGAGCGGCACUAACAAAUUCUUGCGGCCCACUGCGGGUGAACGAAGCAAGAGCGCAGCAUCGUCCGUCUCCUCAGCAGAUUCUUCAGCAACACCUUCUCAGUUUGUUUUUAAAAAGCCACGGUACAACAACCGAUACCUUCAGACGCAUUUCCAUCAUAUCAAGAAGAAAGAUACCAUCUUUCACGAGCUCAAGCGGUUUCUCAAAAAAGGCGCCGGCGGUGGCGGUAGCAAUGGUGGCGGUAGCGCUGCUAGUACCAGUGGCGAUGAAAAAUCGAGCACCAAGCGAUUUAGUGCGCGUGAGCCGAUUAAAUCUUACCCAAGCAUGGAUUUUGAUACGGCCAGCGUAUCCAGUCGGAGAAGUGAUCUGUCAUUCGCCAAUGAAUUCAACAAGGACAUUGAAGCGCGUUAUGGCAAAUGGGGACGUUUUGUUGGUAAAGGCGCUGGAGGAUCCGUGCGACUGAUCCGUCGCCAUACCGACGGAAAAACAUUUGCAGUGAAACAGUUUCGAAAACGGAUGCCCAACGAAAAUGAGAAAGAAUACGUCAAGAAAGUUACCGCCGAAUUCUGCAUUGGCUCCACGUUACACCAUACCAAUGUCAUUGAAACGCUAGAUAUGAUUCGAGAAGGCGCUGUCUUUUAUCAGAUUAUGGAAUACGCGCCUAAUGACCUGUUCAAUAUUGUCAUGAGUGGCAAAAUGAACAAUGAUGAGGUGGCAUGCUGUUGGCGACAAAUGCUCGAUGGUGUCAGCUACCUUCAUUCCAUCGGCAUUGCUCAUCGUGAUUUAAAGUUGGAUAAUAUUGUGCUGGACGAGCGAGGGAUAGUCAAGUUGAUUGAUUUCGGCUGUGCGACUGUAUUCAAGUACCCGUAUGACAAGAAUGUCCAUGUUAGCAAAGGUGUCUCUGGAUCAGACCCUUAUAUUGCUCCAGAACAGUUUACACAACGCGAAUACGAUGCACGCAGAGCGGACGUAUGGUCGUGUGCGGUGAUUUAUAUCUGCAUGAUUAUCCGGAGGUUCCCCUGGCGAAUAGCACAGCCGGAUAAAGAUAGCGCAUUUAAGAAUUACAUCAAUCCAUCGUCUAAUGGUGCUGCAAGGUUACUAGGACUGCUACCCCGUGAAUCGCGCUCUCUUAUAAACCAGAUGCUUGAUCCGGAGCCCCGUCUGCGUUGUCUCGUGUCGCACGUCGCCAAUGACGAGUGGAUUAAAAGCAUUCCUUUAUGUCAUGCCGACGCGCCAAGUAUGGAACAUGUGCAUCAUUUGGUCGUUGAGCCGACCAGUCGUGAUGUGCUUUCACGGGGGAACCUUGUUGUUCUGAAUACCUCAUCGGCGGCAACACAGGCUUCGAAACGAAGUAGCCGGCAAAAGGUGACAGCUGCUGUCACACAAGGUAGCAAGAGGACUUCGCAGCAGCAACGAUAA